AAAAAUUCACGUUGCCGCAUCUCCAAUCCAUCGAAUCCAAGAUUAACUCAAAAUCCCUACAAAUUACAGCUAAUCAUCUGCUUGCACACACCCCACCACCAAUUUUUAAAGCAAUUUAUGAUUGAUCGAUCCCGCAUCGAAACUCCCAACAAGUAAACAACAGCAAAACAAAACAAGAGUUUCGACCAGCUCUUCCUCUCUUUUCAUCAUUUCCUGCUCCCUUUUUUCAGCUGCCGUUCUUGAUCUGGGUUUUUUUUGCCGAUGGAGGGAGAAGGGAGCGCGGUGAGAAUGGAGAGCCCGCAGAUGAAGCUUCAGGCCCAUCGGGCCUUCUGCUUGGAGCCCGAUGAGGCGGUUUCUUCGCCGGUGACGAGGCAGAAGGCGGCGGCGGCGAAGCAGUUUAUUGAGAAUCACUACAAGAAUUACCUGCAGGGGUUGCAAGAUCGCAUGGAGAGGAGGAGGACGUUGCAGCGGAGGGCGCAGGAGGCUCAGGUGUCGAGCGAGGAGGAGGAGAUGAUGAUGAGGAAUUUGGAGAAGAGGGAGACUGAGUAUAUGAGGUUGCAGAGGCACAAAGUAGGGAUUGAUGAUUUCGAGCAAUUGACUAUUAUUGGUAAAGGAGCAUUUGGUGAGGUUAGACUAUGUCGAGCUAAAGGCACAGGAGAAAUAUAUGCCAUGAAGAAAUUGAAGAAGUCGGAUAUGCUUAGCCGUGGGCAGGUUGAGCAUGUUCGUUCCGAGAGGAAUCUGAUGGUUGAGGUUGAUAGUCGGUGCAUAGUGAAGCUCUUUUAUUCCUUCCAAGAUUCCGACUUUUUAUACCUCAUCAUGGAAUAUUUACCUGGUGGUGAUAUCAUGACUUUAUUGAUGAGGGAGGAUAUCCUCUCUGAAGACGUUGCCCGGUUUUACAUGGGGGAAAGUAUUCUAGCUAUCAGCUCGAUCCACCAGCAUGGCUAUGUACACAGGGAUAUCAAACCGGAUAACCUCAUAUUGGACAAAAAUGGACAUUUAAAACUUUCCGAUUUUGGCUUGUGUAAGACACUAGAGAAAUACUCGUCGAUAUUGUUGGAAGAUGAUGAUUUUUUGGCUCAAGAUUCUAAAACCGACUGUGAAGGGAAUGCUGAUGAAUUAACUGCUCCCUGGUUAAUGGCAAAGGAGCAGUUACUACAAUGGAAAAGGAACCGUCGCGCCCUGGCGUACUCUACUGUUGGAACUCUAGAUUAUAUGGCACCUGAGGUCUUAUUGAAGAAAGGAUAUGGGAUGGAAUGCGACUGGUGGUCUUUGGGGGCCAUAAUGUACGAAAUGCUUAUCGGUUAUCCUCCGUUUUGCUCUGAUGAUCCCAGAAUGACAUGUCGCAAGAUAAUAAAUUGGAAAACAUGCUUAAAGUUUCCCGAAGAACCAAAAAUCUCAGAUGCGGCGAGGGAUCUUAUUUGUCAUUUGUUAUGUGAUGUUGAGAAGAGAUUAGGGACCAGAGGGGGCGUGGAUGAAAUAAAGGGACAUCCAUGGUUUAGAGGUGUUAAAUGGGAUGGCCUCUACGAAAUGGAAGCUGCCUACAAACCCGUCGUGAAUGGAGAUUUGGAUACACAGAAUUUCGAAAAGUUUGAUGAAGGAGAAAAUCCACCAUCUAGCACACCAAGAGUAGGGCCAUGGAGGAAGAUGUUAACAUCGAAAGAUGCAAAUUUUAUCGGCUACACUUUCAAGAAAUCAGAUCUUCUUAAGUCAGCUGGAACCGCAGGUAUAGAUGUGAGCUCAAAUCCAUCUCCAAGGCCUCCUUCUCUGGUCUCAUUAUUUGGUCGCGUAGGGUUAGAGGACUCGGUGAUAGCUGAGGACGACCCAAAGCCCCAAGCUUGAUGUUGUUUGAAGCUUAAACCAAUGCUCGUAUUCGGAUUCAAUGCGCGUAAGCGGCUAGUUUUUUAUGUAUAUGAAGAGAACUCAAACUCACUCUGGAUAACAAUUUUGGGCAUAAUUUUUCAAUUCUUUCUUUGCUUCUGUCUAAUUCUGUUGUUUCUAUAUUGGUGGAGAAAUGUUAAUAUCUGCAGGAAAUUACAACAUUUAUGUAAAUUAUUUAAUUGUUUGUGCAA